AUGGAGGACCCCGCCAACAAAGGAGAGGAAUCAUCAAAGAAGGCUCCCGCGGCGUCGUCGUCGUCCAGCGGAAGGAGAGCGAAAGAGGUUUCCGUCAACGCCGUCAAUACGGCGCACCAGGCGUCACAACAAUAUUCGGUGAAUCUCACGACCACACCGACCACCAUUCCUGCUUACUUUCCCCAGCCUCCACAGCACCAACUUCAGUCGAUCUACUAUUCAACCCCACCGGUCCCGCCGCCGACGACCUCACAGUCAUACGACCACUUUACGCCUGCCCCCGCUCAACCCUCUCAACCCAGGCCCCCGGUGUCGAGAACUCCUCCGCCGGCGCAACAGAACCCCGCUUCGCAGGGUCAACAGGCCGGCGGCGCACCGAGCCGACCCCGCAAGCAAUACUCGCCGCUGUCUGCUCCUCUCUCUCACAUAUAUCGGCAACUCUUGGCGGGAGAUCAAAUUCAGCCGAUACCCCCGGGUCCGAACUUCGACCCGUCCGUCCAGGACCAAUCUAAACGCUGCGAAUACCAUCAGGGCGCACCGGGGCACACUCUCGACAAUUGUUGGAGGUUGAGGGACGAAAUUCAGAGGAGGAUCGACAGCAACCGACUCACCUUCAACGCCGUCAGACCUUCAAACGUGCAGGCCAACCCCCUCCCGGACCAUAGGCCGAACUCGGGACCAUCCAUCAACAUGAUCUUUGUGUGCGUUUCGGAGAGAGAUGAAGAAGCGCGGGAGAACCCCCCUCCCUUUGUAAUCAAUUACACUCCCGAGGAACUCACGGUCGGGUUCACGGGACACGUGGCCUCACCGGCCCCAUUCGUCGUUGACGUCCCCGCUCGGGAACCGUAUUCAGACAGCAAGGUCCCCUGGACCUACGAAGGAAGCAUCGGGAGUGUUGAGCAACAAUUUAGUGUCAUGGGGUUGACACGCUCAGGACGGGUAUAUGAGAACCCAACGGCCAAGGACAAAGGGAAAGCACCCGCUGUUGGAGACGGGGCGACUCCCGAAAGAUCACCCUUCCCGUCCAAGAAAGCUCCACUCGAAUCCAAAUUCUCGACGCUUCGAUACGAACCUAUCCCGAGAGCAACUCAAUGA